CCCCCCCCCCCGUUCUCUCGUUGCCUGAGAAAAGUCCCACUAGAUUUUUCUUGUUGAUUAUUCAAUCUGGGACCUCAUAUUUCUUUUUCAUUAUCCCCAUAGCGUGCACAUGAGCACAAAUAAGAGAGAGUGACUCAGGAAUCUGACAGCCCAGCCACCAUUAUUCCUUGUAUAAACAACCCUUUUUGCCUUCCUUUCUUCUUCCUAUUUGACCUGCCCUGAUUUUCCCAAAAGCUACCAAAAGAAGAAAAAACAAGCUAUGAAGAAAAUGCUCCUUUGUUUGUUACCUCUUGUCCUGAUCAUUCUCUCCAAUGUAGAACAAGUACAAGGAAUCAGUGCUGUUGAUUUAUCUGCUUUACGUGAAAUCAAGAACAGUCUCACCGACAUAUCUUCCUCUUCUCCAAAUCCAUUUUUUACAACCUGGGAUUUCACUACUUCAGACCCAUGUUCCACUUUUGCCGGAAUUACUUGCUCUUCUUCUAUUCCAAAACGUGUCACUACUCUCAAUCUUGGCACUGGUCUUUCAGAUUCACCUGGCCUUGCUGGCACAUUAUCUCCAGCCAUCUCUAACCUUUCCGAGUUAACUCAACUAAUCCUUUUCACCGGCAUUGUCACCGGUCCAAUCCCAUCACAACUCGGAACACUCAAAAAACUCAGCAUCAUCUCUCUAGCCAACAAUCGCCUCACGGGGUCCAUACCAGGUUCCAUUUUCUCUCUACCAAAUCUCCAUACUCUCGAUUUAAGUCACAAUCAACUCACAGGAACAAUCCCCGGUUCAAUAUCCGCGCUGUCAGACUUGAAGGUGGUUAUUCUCGGAUCCAACAAACUAAGUGGAGUAAUCCCGCAGCUACCUGCUGAAUUACUCCACUUGGACUUGAGUAACAAUGAGUUCUCGGGAAUGUUGCCUAAAAGAAUGCCGUUAACGCUCCGUUAUCUGUCAGUAUUAGGAAACAGUUUGUGGGGACCACUCAAUACGCUCGAAUCACUCUCAGAGUUAGUGUACCUCGACUUAAGCAUGAACCGUUUCAGUGGGCCCAUCCCUACAUCACUCUUUCGUGCCACGUUGUCAUCAAUGUUCCUCCAACGGAACAAUUUCACUGGAGGGGUCCCUCAACUGCCACCAACAUCAUCGUUAUACGGUCCAGGAUCCACGGUUGAUCUAAGUCACAACUAUCUCACCGGUGAACUCACUAACACUCUCACCGGAGUAGAAACGUUGUUCCUUAACAACAACAUGUUUACAGGAGCAGUGCCUAGGGAUUACGUGGAAAGUGUUUACAGUGGCAACACGAAAACUCUGUAUUUGCAACAUAAUUAUAUUGCUGAAUUUCCAGUGGUGGAGGGAUUAGCAUUACCGGAUUCAGUAGCAUUGUGUUUGUCGUACAAUUGUAUGGUACCACCGGUGCCGGUACUGGAGUUCAUGGCUUGUCCUGCUAGUGCCGGCGACAUGAUUUCGAGACCAGUCAAUCAGUGCUCUGCUUUUAAUACUUCCAUGGCAUAAGCCAAAAAUUUCCAAUUUCUGUUAGAACAGCACAUGAUGUUAUACAUAUAAUACGUAUACAUAUUUUGAUUGUUUCAGCGUUCUGAUUUUUUUUUUUUUUUUUUUUUUUUUUUUUUUUUUUGCAGUUCAAAUUAGUCUCUUGUUUUAGGUUAAAGUUACUGGUCUGACCAAUUGUAAUUCUCUUGACUUGAGCAUAAUUUUGAUGGUAUUUGUGUA